GAGGACUCAGUCAGACUCAGCGGGAGCUCUGAGAGAACAGCAGGAACACUCACGCUUACCUGGCUCAGACCUGCAGACUUCCCUCCUUGCCAGUGACCGCCAUGAACCACAAAGUCACAACCAGCGCUCUCGUCCUCUGCUUGGUCUUCAUGUCCGUCGCAGAAGGUGGCCUUUCUGGAGACAUGCGUUGCCGCUGCCCAAAAACACAGAGCAAGCUCAUCCCUCGCAAAGACAUCAAGAACCUGGAGCUCAUCCCAGCGGGCCCGCACUGCAAGGUGGCAGAAAUCAUUGCUACAAUGAAGGGAGGAAAACAACAAAGUGUGCAGAUAUGCCUGGAUCCAAAAGCCCAGUGGGUGGCAAACAUGAUUGAAAAAAUGACAGCAAAAAUGAACGCAAAAAAGAAGUAGAUGAAACCCACUCCGUUUUCAUCUCAGGACAGCAUGCUGACUGUUUGAAAUGGAAUGCUUCACACUUUGUCAUGACAGGCCAUUCAGCUGUAUCUCCACUCAAUAAAGUGAAAUUCUGCUAAAUACAUGUAUGCUAUUUUCAACCACUAAAUAGCACACUGUUUUAUGAUGUAUAUAUCAUGUCGUGAGUAUUAGAUUAUCACAUCCUUGCUGCUGUUUGUGUUUGUGGCAUUUUAGUGAAUAAUAUAAAUUUGAUGCCCAGCUCAGUUUUCAUGUUCUCGUGUGAAGGACUCUGAACGUUAACUAAAUGGACAUGGGAAUAUAAAAUUAGCCACUCAGUAUUAUUGAUGUGCAAAGG